AUGUCCGCCGCUUUUAUUACUCGGACGACAAAAAACAACCAUGCAGUUUCUGUUUUUCCUGUUUAUAUUGUUGGCUUCAUGGACUUGUUAGGUGUGAGUAUGAUCUUACCCCUAAUAGGAACCCAUGUAAAAGAGAUGGGUGCGUCUCCAACAAUGGUAGGCAUGAUAGAAUCCGUAUAUGGUGCCCUUCAGUUGUUUUCAAGUCCUGUCAUUGGCAAAUGGAGUGAUGUUGCUGGUCGACGGUUAUCUUUAAUUCUUUGCCUCAUCUGCUCAGCUUUUGGUUAUUGUCUCCUUGGCUUUGCCUCAUCAAUCAUGGUUCUCUUUCUGGCUCGAAUUCCUUCAGGAAUUUUCAAACACAGCCUAAAUAUCUGCAAGUCUUAUAUUGCUGAUGUGGUGCCAGCCUCUGAACAGUCAUCUGUUCUUGGGUGGUUUAAUGCAGCUUCUAACAUUGGUUUUAUCUUGGGUCCAACCAUUGGAGGUCACAUUGCAGAACACCCAGAAGGCUUCUUCCUCAUUGCCAACCUUGCUGGGCUAAUCUUUAUAACCAAUGCAGUGAUAGUUUGGCUUUUGCUACCAACCACACAUCGGUCAGCUCCUAAAGGACUGAUGAGGCUUGAUUCCAUCAUCAGUCCCAAGAAACUUACUUCUGAUGAGAUCCAAUUCCACCCUAUUGCUUUUUUCCAGUACCUUCAAAAGAUCCAUUGGGCCAAACUCUGGGAUAUGUUUAUCAUUCGUUUCCUUCUUGGCUUCAGCAUCAUCCUCUUUCGAAGUAAUUUUGGUCUCAUGCUUAAAACUCGUUUUGAUGUCUCCCCUGUCACCAAUGGCUAUCUCAUCUCCUUCACUGGCACAGUGUCCACAAUCUGUUCGUCCUUGGUUGGGUACCUGACCAAAUUUUAUAAAGAUGAAGCAAAACUGUUUCUACACAUGUCUCUGCUUCAGGUUUUUAUCCUCCUGUUUUUGGGUCUUUGCCAAUCGUUGACCAUAUUUAUUGUUUAUCUUGGACUGCUCAGUGUUGCUUCUUCUGUAAUGCGAGCUACUGGCACUCAACUCCUGCUGCAACGGGGAAGUCCCCAUGAGGGAUCAGGAACAUUGAUGGGGCUAAGCCAGAGUUUCAUGUCUAUUGCUCGAAUGAUCUCUCCCUUCAUAGCUGGCAUUCUGAUGGAAAUAAAUAUCACUCUACCAGCAUAUUUUGGUGCCAUAGCCACUCUGCUUGCUUCCAUUUUUAUAAUAAUCUACCCUCAGGACUUGAGGCUUCCUUCUGCCUUAAAAAUAAACAAGAAGAUUAAUUAA